AUGCCAUUUGGUUCCUUGCCUGUCGACGGAACCCCCAUUCCGCAGUAUGCCCCUCCGUACAGCACCCAGGGCAAUGAAUAUAGCGACAUGACCAUGCUCAUCGUCACCUACCGCACCAAGGCCGACAAUGUUCGUCCUUUGGUGCCCGACGUGCUGGAACUGGAAGACGAACCCUUGGUGACUGCCAUGCUGUUAAGCCAUGGCAUGAGCACGUUCGGCACGUAUCAGGAAUAUGUGCAUGCGGUCGAAGUCACCUACAACGGAGAACGGUUUGACUAUAACCUCUCGCUCAUUCUCGAAAACGAGGCGGCCAUCUUUUGUGGUCGCGAACAAUUGGGAUACCCCAAGAAAUUUGGCCCCGUGUCGCUCAUGCUGGAGACGGGGUCCCGAGUGAUCCAAGGUCAAGCCGAAUAUCCUGCUGGCCAGAAAGUGGUGCAGUUCAAUUACAGUCCCAUUCGACGACUCAAGGAGGUGACCUUCCCAGCUAAGCGAUCAUUGAACUUGCGUGUCAUUCCAUCGGCCAUCCCGGAUCAGCCGUCGUCGGUCAAGGAGCUUAUUCCGUUCGCGGUGGAUUUUGUGUCCGACGAAGCCUGGGAGGGCUCUGCGUCUAUCUCUUUCCCCGAACCGUCUGACUUUCAUCCGAUGCAUCGCGUCGGGGUUCUGCGAUACGAAAGUGCUAUUCUGGUCCGACGUGGGACCUGUGCCAUUCAUGCCGCAACGGAGGUCUUUCCUUUAUAG